AUGUCAAAUAAGAUUAUAAAACAACAAUUAAACUUGUUAAGUGGUGAACAGAAAGCAUCAAAAAAAUGGGUACCUAAAUCACAUAUCUCACCGCUACAGAGAAUAGAGAAGAAAACAGAGACACCAGAAGAUAUAUUAGAACAAAAUUUAAAGCAUUAUAGAGAGACAUUGGCAUUUCACGAAAAAUCAAACGUACAUCAAAAGAAAAUACAAUUGGUCAAGAAUCAUUUGAACAAGGAUAAACGAGUCAUCAAAGAGACAAAGAAAAUCAAUGAACAAGUAGUUAAAAAGAAGUUUAAAGAAAGAAAGUUUAGAGAUGCUCAAAAUAAAAAACUUUAUACAAAGUAA